AUGGCUGCUCCCCAAGGCUACCCUCUCCUCUGCUUGGAGAACCCCCUCUUAGAUAUCCAAGCUGUAGGUGAUGCCGCUCUCCUCGAGAAGUAUGGACUCAAGGCCAACGAUGCUAUCCUUGCCGAGGAUAAGCACAUGGGUCUCUAUGAGGAGUUGCUCCAGGACCGCGAGGCCAAGUUGAUUGCUGGUGGUGCUGCGCAGAACACCGCUCGUGGCGCUCAGUACAUCCUUCCUGAGAACUCGACUCUGUACAUCGGCUGUGUCGGCAAGGACAAGUACGCCGACAUCCUGAAGGAGGCCUGCACCAAGGCUGGUGUUCACACCGAGUACCGCGUCGACGAUGCUCAGCCCACUGGCAAGUGCGGUGUCAUCAUCACCGGCCACAACCGCAGCAUGUGCACUCACCUUGCUGCUGCCAACGAGUACAAGGUCGACCAUCUCAAGCAGCCUCACAUUUGGUCUCUCGUCGAGAAGGCUCAGUUCUACUAUGUUGGUGGUUACCACCUUACAGUCUCUGUUCCCGCCAUUCAGGCGCUAGGUGAGGAGGCUGCUGCUAAGAACAAGGUCUUCAUGCUUUCUCUUUCAGCUCCUUUCAUUCCCCAGUUCUUCAAGGACCAGCUCGACAGUGUCCUCCCCUACACCGACUACACCUUCUGCAACGAGACCGAGGCCGUUGCUUACGCUGAGAGCCACGAAUGGGGCACCACCGACAUUAUCGAGAUCGCCAAGAAGCUGGCCCAGCUCCCUAAGAAGAACACCAACCGCCCCAGAGUUGCCGUGGUGACCCAGGGUACUCUUCCCACCGUCACUGCCACCGUUACCUCCAGCGGUGAGGUUGAAGUCAAGGAGUUCCCCGUUCACGAGAUCUCCAAGGACGCCAUCAACGACACUAACGGUGCUGGCGACGCUUUCGCCGGUGGUUUCGUCGCCGGAGUGGUGCAGGGCAAGUCCCUUGAAGAGAGCAUUGAUCUCGGCCAGUGGCUCGCCAAGCUUAGCAUCCAAGAAUUGGGACCAUCCUUCCCCUUCCCCAAGCAAACCUACACUCCUGAGCGCUCAUAG